AUGCAGGAGAAAAGGCUUAUUCCCUCCCCUCCCCCCUCUCGCUGCUUCCUACACCCCCCCCCCCUCCCUCUCUCGCUGCUUAUUCCCUCCCCCCCCCCUCUCUCGCUGCGUAUUCCCCCCUCCCCCCCCCCCCCUCGUCUCGCUGCUAAUUCCCCCCUCUCCCCCCCACCGUCUCGCUGCGUAUUCCCCCCCCUCUCCCCCCCACCGUCUCGCUGCGUAUUCCCCCCCCUCUCCCCCCCACCGUCUCGCUGCGUAUUCCCCCCCCUCUCCCCCCCACCGUCUCGCUGCGUAUUCCCCCCCCUCUCCCCCCCACCGUCUCGCUGCGUAUUCCCCCCCCUCUCCCCCCCACCGUCUCGCUGCGUAUUCCCCCCCCUCUCCCCCCCACCGUCUCGCUGCGUAUCCCCCCCCUCUCCCCCCCACCGUCUCGCUGCGUAUUCCCCCCCCUCUCCCCCCCACCGUCUCGCUGCGUAUUCCCCCCCCUCUCCCCCCCACCGUCUCGCUGCGUAUUCCCGUAACCCUUCUCGCUGCUAA